AUGGUAAAAAAGGUCGGGAGCUAUCAGCUUGAUAGGAAGAUUGGUGAAGGAAACUACGGAACUGUAUUUAUUGGGGUGCAUUCUGAAUCAAAACAAGUAGUUGCAGCCAAGUCUGUUCUGUUGGGGAAGCUGAAUCCUAAACUAAUAAAGCAGAUGGAAGCUGAGAUAGCUGUGCUAAAGGGGUCAAAUUGCCCUAGCAUUAUUAAGCUUUACGACGUUCUUAAGACCCAAAACAACAUUUAUCUCAUCAUGGAGUUUUGUGCAGGGGGAGAUCUCGAGCAUUAUGUCAAAAUUCAUGGAAGAGUUGCUGAGCCACUUGCCAAAAAAUGGUUGAGUCAACUUGUCGAGGCUUUUAUUUAUUUACAAGAAAAAAGAAUCAUGCACAGAGACUUGAAGCUUGCCAACAUUUUACUGACCAGUGAAAACGAAAAUGAAGCUGAAAUUAGAGUGGCAGAUUUCGGCUUCGCCAGGAUUUUAAAUGAGAACUCUCUCGCGAUUACUCAGCUGGGCACUCCAAUGUUUAUGGCUCCUGAAAUAUUUAAUAGCGAUGCUUAUAGCUUUAAAGCUGAUGUGUGGAGCUUAAUCCUCCACUUGGUUAGUGAGCAAUUUUUUUUUAGAAAAUAAGCCAGCGAGAAAAAUAUUUUUUUUAGUUAGAUCUAAUUGAAUGACUAUAAUUGAUAUCUCCAGAAAAUUAUAUUAAAUUUUAGACAGUAUUUCUAAAAAUCAUAUAUUUUUUUCAUUAAUUUUUACAAAAAAUAAAAUUAGCCCCCUUCCAUUAGCAAGCAAAAUAAUUUUGUUCAAUAUCUAAGCACAGAGUUAGGAGUCCUGUCCUAUGAAAUUCUACUUGGAGCUCCAGCAUUUUUGUGCAGAACCUUGAAUCAACUAAGAAAACUUCAAAAAGAAGAAAUAAAAUUCCCAGAAAACUCACCACUGUCAGAUGAUGCUAAAAACUUUAUCAGAUCAAUGCUUACCUACAACCACAACGAAAGGCCAAGCUUUCAAGAGUUACGUUCACAUCCAUUUUUCCAAGAAAUUUACAAUAUCCCUCAUCCGAUUCAACCUCAUGAAAUCGCUGCAAGCCCUGAAAUACAUAUGGAAGACCCUCCAAAAGAAGAGAUAAAGGAAGAGCAAAAAGAGCCAGCAAUUGAUACCAUCAACGAGGAAGAUUAUGAAAUUUUGGAAAAAUGCGAAGUUGAAGACUCUAUUCCAGAAAAAGUUGAAGCUGUAAGCCCUGCUAAAAAGGUGGAAGAAGUAAAAAUUGAGCCUCCAAAACCUGCUGAUGUCAUUGAAAGGCCUCCUUCUAUUGCAAAACCUCCUCCAAAGCAAGAAACUGCAUCAAACUUAGUCAGCAAAACCACUGAUCUUGACUACCAAGCAAGUCUCCUCGAUAUCCUUAUUGAAAAUGCUAACAAUUACUCUCAGCAAAACCGAAAUGUAUUAGCAUUUGCUGUAGUCAGAUAUUGCAAAAUAAAAUACGAAGAGCUUUUCAACUCUUCAGAAAAAAUUGCCCAGGACUUUUCUUUAACCAGAAGCAGAGAUGAAAUGUUUAGCGAACUUUAUGAUAAAAUCCAAAUGCAGCUGAUCAUUGUAGGCGAGCAAGCUGAAAGUUUGGAGGCCAGAAUUAAGCCUUAUUCACUUCCAAACUUAGUGCCAGAGCUAGUUGAAGAAGGAUUGACACUCCUUAACACCAAUGAGCAGGCCAAAAUCAAACUUUCUAUCUCUUUGUUUACUAUUGCAGCGGAAAUUGAUCCAAAUAAUGCAGUCUUAAGUGAUCUCAUGAAAAGUGCUUAUGAAAAGUUCCAAAAAGGUAUCAGAGAUCAAUAUUAA